GAUGAGGAAUGGGUCACAUUUGGUGCUGCACCAAGCUCUGGUCUCUAGUGUACUGGCUAAGCCCCAGGGCACUGGGUUUUUGGGUGCUACUUUGUACACAUAUUUAUCUUUUUGAGACCAUCUAUUUUGUCUGAUGGAAGGGAGGGGCACUCAUAGCAGUGACUUUUUUCAUUUUACACUCCUUUACCCUGUUCCUCUUUCUACAAUAGCUGCAAUGUAAUGUUUCAGUAGACCCAGGCUUUCCAAAUUUGGCUCAAUGAGACACGGAGCAAACAGCUUUUCAGAGAGCUUCAACUCAGCUGUCAGAAGGGGCAGUUUGGUCUCUGUGCAGGCAGUACUCACAUUCCAAACUGCAUUGGAGAAAAGCUGCUGGGGCUUUAUGCGUUUUUAUUAUCAGUUCCAAGUUAGGAAUCUGGUACUAAUUUUUUCUCAAAGCCUAUGUUUGGAGUACAGCUUAUAUUCUAAAACAAAACCAGGAUUGUGAUGCUUUUCUCUCACUAGCUUGCCUUUUUUUUUUUUUUACUUGCUUUUUUUUUACUCUCCCUGGCUUUACUCCAAGGACCUUUUCUGCUUUUUGUUACACUCUCGAGAUGAAGCACCGGAUGGUUACAGCAGUGCUGGUAGCGCUGGUUCAGGUUUCACAGAGUUUUCCUGCCUUGUACCACCGAGGCUGGUGGAGGCUGCUAAAGGAGGGAGAUAAUUGUGGAAAAUGUGAUUUGGCACUCUGCUCUGAGCCCAAGGACUGUCCAGCAGGGACUGUGCUGGAUCGCUGCGGCUGCUGUCCGGAAUGUGGGAACGCGGAGGGGCAGAUCUGCGACUUGGACCAGGGCAAUCAUUUCUAUGGGCAGUGUGGGGAUCACCUUGAGUGCAGGUUGGAUGCUGAUGAAGCAAGGUUUGGGGAAGUCCCUGAACCCCAGUGUGUGUGCAAAUCUCAAGAGAGCAUCUGUGGACCUGAUGGGAAAACCUACGAAAAUAUCUGUCAGUUCAACAAGGCUUAUGCUGCGAAAAGAAACAUCAGCAUGAAACAUAAAGGGCCAUGUGAAUCAGCUCCUGUGAUUUCUCUGCCACCUCAGGAUGCCCAGAACUACACUGGCAAUGAUGUCAUUUUCGGCUGUGAGGUGUCAGCCUAUCCUAUGCCACAGCUUGAAUGGAAAAAAAAGGGGAAUAAAAUGUUUCUGCCAGGAGAUGACACCCACGUCUCAGUUCAGGCAAGAGGUGGGCCUCAGAAGUAUGGUGUGACAGGCUGGCUACAGAUUCAAGGCCUCAAAAAAUCAGAUGAAGGCAUUUAUAUCUGCCACACCAAAAAUAAGCAUGGUGUAACAUACGCCUCUGCAAGAUUGAAAGUCAUUGACGACCCAUCUCCUGCACUUGCAUUUACUACUGGCAGCAGAAGUGCGAGCUACAGCAUUGAAUACGAGGAAUAUUAUGACAAUUCUGAUGAGGAAGAUGAUGAAGAAUAUGAAUCCGGGGACUACGAUAAUGAAAACAACUCUGAAUAAUAAUUUUUAUACAUUUGUUGUCCAAAUUCUUUUGCACUGUUAUAUUUACCAGUAGUGUCUGUUCUGUAAAUGGCUUCUCUGAUAACACAUAUACUCACUUAUGUAUCCACCUUCCUGAAAUACAGCUUUGGAUGAAGUGUACCAUGCUACUCACCAGAAAUAAGAACAGCUGUAACACCAUAUAUUUAGACUAUUAAAUAAAAUCCUUCAACAUG